GGCAAGCGCAUGCUGACAGCAUGCACUUGCCAUGCCCCGUCUGAGUGUAUAGAGGAUAGGAGGGAGGUCGGAUCUGGCCUGUCUUCUAAAUUUAACUCCAGCUAGAAACGGCUGCUGCUGCGUGGAGACCGCUCUCUUUCUGUUUGUGGACGUAUGUACUGUAGCUGCACGCACCGGUUACACUGUCAUCACGCUGCGCACACCGAACGAGUCUACAGUGAAAAGUUAAACACAGAUACUGUCACUGUCACCAGCCAUGGAGGGGCUCUACUUUGAAGUAAAGCCCAGAAAAGAUGAACCCACCAGGCCAGGAAGCUCUGAGAAACCUCCUCUGCAUUUAACCUCAAACAACCGCUCGUGUCCCUCACUGUCUCAUCUCUCCUCCUCCUCAGCGUCUUUUCAGAAACUCACCCUUGCUGGGAAGAGGAUUACAACAUGGGGGGGAAAGGUGGUGGAAGAGGAAGAGGAAGAGGAGGAGGUACGCUACAAACUGACAUUGACUGGUUCUCUACCAGUCCACCACUUGACCACCAUGGCCAUGCUGCCCUGGGUGGUGACUGAGAUCUGCAGGUGCCGUCCUGCAGAGAAGGACCAGAGUCAAACUAGGUCUACAAGUCCGGGAGGUGGACAGCGGGAUACCUCUACCUGUAAUCACACAGUUUUUCUAUGUGUGUCGGCAUCAUGGGUGCGAUGUAUGUCAGUUCUAGGAGAGAAGGUUGUCUGGGACCCUCUGACACACACUGUGCUGUUUGAGUGUCGACCUCACCAGGUGAUGAAACUCAUUCACAACAGCCAAGAGCCUCGCAGCUUUGGCUGCCUGGUCAGAGAAAGGACAAACUGUGCCUGCUAUGUCUUCCAGUGCCAGGACAGCACCAAGCCUCCAUGCAUCAUAAAGCUGCGGCAGGUGUCUGAGCCAAGCCUGAAACAUUGAUAGCUUCAUCACUGUGUGCCAUGCCCUAAAUGCCAAACACUUCAAAGAGUCUGCUGAAAAAAGUGACAGAGACAACAAAGAAUUCUUAAUUGGAAAUUUGAUGCAUUAAAGAAGUCAUCAUACAAAAUGAAUGUGUGCUCUUUAUCUCAGACUGUUUUUCUUGAUCUUCACAGGGCUCACGUGCACAUUUCUGGGCCCACAUAACGAAUAUCUGCAUGCACUGUAAAUAAAUAAACAGCCAACAUACGCUAUGUAUUGUAAAUACCACUGUGUGUUUAGACAUAUCACUGCAUCCACUGUUUGUGGUGUACACAAACCAACUUGAACUUGGGUACACUAUAUAAAUAAAGGCUGGUCAUUUGUUGUAAUGGCUGUGCAGGUAUUUGCUUAGUACAAGUAAUGAUCUUUCUUUACAUGAACCAAGCAGGAUGUAGAGACACGUUUCCAUGGUAACCACUUUCUGUGGCCCAUUGCCUGUUUUGAUGUGUGUGUGUGUGUGUGUGUGUGUGUGUGUGUGUGUGUGUGUGUGUGUGUGUGUGCACACUUGUUAUUCUCUGUCUCGCUUCAGCACUUCCAAGAAUGUGAUCAUGAUGUCAGCCUGACCACCUGUUGCUCUAACUCUGUCACACUGGGCUCAGAUACAGACACAUGUACACAUUUACAUACACACUGUAUGUGUGUUUAAUCCUCAGACACUUUGUGUUAACAUUUUCUUUAUUACAUGUUCUGAGAAAAGUUGUCAGACUUAGUUAACGGAAUAAAGAUUCAAGCCAAACUGAUGUGGCCUAAAAAUGGGGAUCAGGAACAUUGGCUCUUCAAAAUCAAGCCACACCACAAACACUGCUAGAUCUGUAUUUGCUGUGCAUGGAAGUGUGAUGAAAAUGAAACUGCUAGUAACUACACCUCCCACACUUGAAAGAGACAGUAGUUCCAAGUGUGUGAGUGUUUCCUGUAUAAAAGGGUGUACUCCACAAUAAACAUAGUUUUACUUAAAAUGGCACAUUUCUGUCCUAUAUAUUGUGACAAGAACAUAAUGAGUCCUUGUGAUAAUGUGAACCAUUUUAUCUACCAUGGAUUGAAAGCACUUUAUUGGGAACAUACAAAUGUGUCCAGCCAGAACUUAAAGGUCAAGUAGGAUGGAUCAGGUACUGUAGUAGACUAUAAAGGUUCUUUGGGGUUAAUAUUUUUUUGAAUAGAGUUUGCACUGACAAAAUAACCUGCUGUGAAAGAUUAUUGUGUUUAUCCCUUGACUGUAUGUCCAUGUACUUAUCUCUUGAAGCAUUUAAUGUAAAAUUAGAGUCCUCUUUAAAAAUAAAUAGUUUAAGUCAGGGAGAUUACAGAAUGAAAGAAGUGCAAAUUUGAUGCACAGAAAAUACAAACCACCACUGCUUUGAUCUGCACCUCAAGCCCCACAUCUGGCAUCUGUAUUCUGACUUAUUGCUGCCAUAUUGACUCCCAUUUAACACUUA